AUGGUAACAACUCCUGACAUGUUAUGGUUGGUCAUCGCGAGUGGUGUAGCAUGUUUUUUUAUGGCAUUUGUGACAGGAGCAAAUGAUAUAGCGAAUACGUUUAGCACAUCUAUUGGAUCCAAAGCAUUAACCAUUAAGAGAGCUUUAAUAAUUGCUUUCUUUUUUGAGGCAUUAGGAGCUUCCUUACUUGGUGGAACAGUCACAGACUCCAUACGGUCAAAAAUCAUUAACUUUGAAGCUUUUUACGAUGCGCCAGAAUUUCUGAUGUUGGGUAUGUUUUGCGCCCUUAUGGGUGCAACCAUGUGGCUAGCUAUAGCCACAUGUCUAGGAUUGCCUGUAUCGACAACGCAUAGUAUUGUAGGAGCAUUAUUAGGCUUUGGACUUGCAGCAGGGCAUAGUAAGUCCAUAAAGUGGGAAAAAAUACACAGUAUAGUGAUAUCGUGGUUUGCAGCACCAAUUUUAGCAGGAAGUUGUUCUGCCAUAGCCUUUAGUAUAAUACGCCAUUUAAUAUUGAGGAGGAGGAAUUCUUUCGAAAUAAUUAAAAGAUGGUACUGGUUCCUCAUUUUUCUCAUUACGCUACCGUUUAGUGUGUUUUUAGUGUUUCAGAACCCGAUAGUGCUAAAUGUACCAUGUACGAUGAAAAAAGGCACAAACUUAGUAAUUGAAUCUCCAUGUUACAUUCAAGAUUGGACUGCAGCCCAUCCUUUUUACUCCACAAUAGCUUGUCUGGUACUUUCCAGCAUCCUCACAUGCAUUGGAUCCGCCAUCAUCUACGUAGUAUAUAACAAGAGGAUGAACAACUUCAGUUUUAGGAAAAAACUAUUCGGAGAUGAUAUGAUAAAUGAUUUGGAGAAAAACGGAAAAAAUGCCAACAACGAUACCAUUUGCAACAUGAAUAAUAGUAGUCUGAAUUCUGUUGCUUCGAAUGAGACCCGAGUUACACAACAAAAGGGAGUUGGUGGAACGACAUCGCAACCAGGAGGGAUUAGCGGAGCAAUAACAACAGAAGCAGGAGCAGAUUCUGUUGGACGGGGAAAUUUUGAUACUUCUGGAUUACACUGUGAGAAGAGGAAAAACCAAGGUGAACAAAACUACCAAACGGUUAUUAGCAUGAAAAAUAUGGACGACAAAAAUGAAAUUUUGGAGACUAAAAAAAGUGGAAACUUACCUAGGGUUCGUAGCAGCAUUGCCAGUGGCACCAACAGUGUUAAUAGUAAUAUAUCACAAUCGGUGAUUGAGAAUUUUGACCAAGAGACGGAGAUUGUUUUUUCGUCUCUUCAGAUUAUUAGUGCUAUUUUAGGGGUAGUGGCCCAGAGUGCGAACGAUACUGCUAAUGCUAUAGGUCCCUUUGCUGCAGUUUUUAACACUUAUAAUAACGGCAUUAAGGGAAAGCUAAAAGUGCAGUGGUACAUUCUCUUGUUUGGAGGUUUGUCCAUGUCACUUGGUUUAUCCGUUCUAGGUUAUCGAGUUAUCAGGACGGUUGGAAUGAAGUUAAUUAGAAUUACUCCGUCCAGAGGUUUCACCAUUGAACUUAUUUCCGGGUUGGUUGUCCUACUUUUUAGUAUUUGUGGUAUACCGCUCAGUUCCACCCAUUGUGCAGUGUCUAGUGUCAUUGGUGUGGGUCUUGUAGAGGCAAAAAUAUCGGAAGAAAAUGACGCCAACGUUGGAACGAACAAUCAGGAAAUGAAUCUACUGGGCAAGGAUAUGUCCCAAGUGGAUAAGAAUGCAAAUAUUCCUGUAAAGAAGAAGAACUUUCUUCGCUUCUUGUCGUUUUUGAACACCUCCUGCGUGAACUUGAAGCUAUUUAGGACCAUUUUUUUUUCUUGGAUCAUCACGGUGUCUUUUUCGGCCACCGUAACCGCAGCAAUAUUCUCCUUUGCAGCGUACAGCCCGUCGUAUAUUGCAAAGGCACCGGUAGUAGUUCCCGCAUAG